UGCGCGCCGGAGUCGGACUUCCCCGCGCUGAGCCGCAGAGACCAGCGGUGGUUCGGUGGUGACCCGGCCCGCGGGUGUGGAAAGAGGGUCGGGAGCGCUCCUGGCGGCGACGCGGCCCCGUUCAGCAGCGGCAGGGGCCGAGGUCAAAGGCCGGGCGCGGCAUGUCGUGAGCGCCGUGGGGUCGGCAGUGGACGCGCGGCGCGCAAGAUGGACCGGCGCCGGGCUCUGGAGCUGUACCGGGCCCCGUUCCCGUUGUACGCGCUGCGGAUCGACCCCGGCGCGGGGCUGCUCAUCGCCGCGGGCGGAGGAGGCGCCGCCAAGACCGGCAUAAAGAACGGCGUGCACUUUCUGCAGCUAGAGCGGAUUAAUGGGCGCCUGAGCGCCUCCUUGCUGCACUCCCAUGACACCGAGACGCGAGCUACCAUGAACUUGGCACUGGCAGGUGACAUCCUUGCUGCAGGACAAGAUGCCCACUGUCAACUCCUACGCUUCCAGACCCACCAGCAGAAGGGCAAGAAGGCAGAGAAAGCAGGUUCUAAGGAGCAGGGGCCUCGACAGAGGAAGGGGGCAGCCCCAGAAGAGAAGAAAUCUGGAGCUGAAAACAAGCAUGAAGGCAUAGAACUCAAGGUAGAGAAUCUGCAGGCAGUGAGGACAGACUUCAGCCCUGAUCCGCUGCAGAAAGUUGUGUGCUUCAAUCACGAUAAUACUCUGCUUGCUACUGGAGGGACAGAUGGCCACAUUCGUGUCUGGAAGGUACCCAGCCUGGAGAAAGUUCUGGAGUUCAAAGCCCAUGAAGGGGAAAUUGAAGACUUGGCUCUUGGGCCUGAUGGCAAGUUGGUGACCGUGGGCUGGGACUUUAAGGCCUCUGUGUGGCAGAAGGAUCAACUAGUAACACAGUUGCACUGGCAAGAAAAUGGACCCACUUUUUCUGAGACACCUUACCGCUACCAGGCCUGCAGGUUUGGGCAGGUUCCAGACCAGCCUGGUGGACUGAGACUCUUCACAGUGCAAAUCCCCCACAAGCGCCUGCGCCAGCCCCCGCCCUGCUACCUCACAGCCUGGGAAGGCUCCACCUACUUGCCCCUUCGGACCAGGUCCUGUGGCCAUGAAGUCAUCUCCUGCCUGAGUGUCAGUGAAUCGGGUACCUUCCUAGGCCUGGGCACUGUCACUGGCUCUGUUGCCAUUUACAUCGCUUUCUCUCUUCAGCGCCUCUAUUACGUGAGAGAGGCCCAUGGCAUCGUGGUGACCGACGUGGCCUUUCUACCUGAGAAGGGUCGUGGUCCAGAGCUGCUUGGGUCCCAUGAAACUGCCCUUUUCUCUGUGGCUGUGGACAGUCGUUGCCAACUGCACCUGCUACCCUCACGGCGGAGUGUUCCUGUGUGGCUGCUGCUCCUGCUGUGUGCUGGACUUAUUGUUGUCACCAUCCUGCUGCUCCAGAGUGCCUUUCCAGGCUUCCUGUGACCUCCCUUCCCCCUGGGACUUGGGGGCCUGGACACCGCUACUUUCUAGAGCGCAAUGCGGGCCUGGACUCACAGUGCUCCAUCUAUUUGAGUCCAUAGCUGAGACUGAUGGGCGCUCCUUGUCCUUCUCAGUUAAAUAUUGCUGUAGCCCUGUGUGACUGUGGGUCCCCAGAGCCCUGCAUUCAAUUCCUGUGGAUCCACCCAGGACAGAGGUGUCUGAAGUCCAGGCUAUCCUACCUGCCUCUGUCCUCUGCCUAGUGGAGGCUUCAGAGUUGAGUUUGUCCUUCUCCAGAAACAUGUGAAGGUGCCUAAGAGCUUGGAGGCACUGCCAUCUUUCCUACAAAAACUCCUCCACCCCUCAACAGCCUUCACACGAAGCCCCUGGCUUUUGCCUAGUCAUUCCUGUUAGGGUGAGAAGGGGCAAAAAGAAAACUCGGGAGUGGUGUUGUAUGGGUUCAGGCAGGUAACAACAAACCAGCCAGUUUAAAUACACAAUGAGUUCCUGGAUGGUCUACUCCAGACUUGAGGAAAGGGAAAUGAACCUCAGCUCAUUAGGCAGGAAGAAUUGAUAUUUAAUAAACAAGGGAAGAGUGAACUGAGACCCCAAA